AUGGCGGCAAUUCUUUCUCCCCACGAGAAAAGUCCUGAACAUUUGCAGAACUAUCAAAAGUGGAAAGAACUACAUCAGCGAUUACAGAGGGAUAGUACAAUAGAUGCAGAAAUUUUGAGCAAGAUGAAGAAUGAAGAAAAGUAUUGGCAGCAAAUACUAAAGCGUUUAAUAGCAUUAGUGAGAGUUUUGGGUGAACAGAAUCUAGCUUUUCGCGGUACAAAUAAAACAUUGUACAGUGCCAAUAACGGGAAUUUUUUAAAAUUUGUGCAAUACUUAGCCAUUUGUGAUCCAUUAAUGAACGAACAUCUACGAAAGAUAUCAAAUCAAGAGUUUCAUACACUUUAUCUUGGCAAAGAUAUACAAAAUGAACUUAUUCAACUGUUAGGAAAUGCUAUUAAGAAAGAAAUCAUACAAAGAGCAAAUGCAAUAAAAUAUUUUUCAAUAGUUCUCGAAGGUACUCCUGACUGUAGCCAUGUUGAGCAAAUGACAAUAAUUAUUCGUUUUGUUAAAGUUGAUUCAUUGAAAAAGGAGUUUAGUAUCAAAGAACAUUUUUUAGGCUUUGUACCUUUAAAGAAAACAACUGGAGCUUAUAUGGCAGAAACGAUAAUACAACAACUAGAAGAAAUGGAGUUACCUAUUGAUAAUUUACGUGGCCAAGGCUACGAUAAUGGCGCAAAUAUGAUAGGCAAAAAAAAUGGUGUUCAAAAGAAAAUAUUAAACAUUAAUCCUCGAGCAUUGUUUGUUCCUUGCAGCGCGCAUACUCUUAAUUUGGUUGUCAAUGAUGCUGCAAAUUGUUGUCUAAUGGCUACAAGUUUUUUUGAUAUUGUUCAACGUGUGUAUGUAUAUUUUUUGUCUUCAACACAUCGGUGGGUAGUUUUCACUAGUCAUCAACCUACGUUAACUGUUAAACCUCUAGAAAUAGCUAAUGAUACUUCUCUAACUGGAUCCUCAGGAAGCACUGCACGCAGUGAUGCUAAAGCACUUGCGAAUAGUGUUGCAAAGUUUAAGUUCGUGGUUUCAAUUGUUGUAUGGUACAAGAUACUUUUUGAAAUCAAUAUAACAAGUAAGCAGCUCCAAGCUAAAGAUUUGGAUACUCAUGCUGCUGUACAACAGUUACAACACACACAAGCCUAUUUGGUUGACUGUAGGAGUGACAUAGGUUUUGCAAGAAUGCUAGUGGAUGCUGCUGAAAUUGCUAAGGAUUUGGAGAUACCACCAACCUUUGAGGCAGAACCACGAUUACGGCGGAGAAAAAAGCAAUUUGCAUAUGAAGCUGAAGAUUAG